AUGUGUGGCCCGAUUCUUGGUGUUUGGUUUGUGUAUUGUUUGUUUACGUCAACGUGUCUGCCUUGCGACGUUUCUGGUUUCACUCCAUUCCGUUCUCCUGUCAUUAAUGCAAAUCACUUCGUUUUUGCUCUGCCACCUUCCAUCAGGUUACCAGAUGACACCUUCUACGAUGGUGGCCGCAUCAUUUACUCCAUUAAGCCUUUAAAAGAUGUAACAGAACAAGGAUUGACCAAAGAGGAGCCCAUUCCGGAUCAGCUGGAAAGGGACGACCUCGUUCUGAAGUACGUCAUUAAGCAGGUCGGUAGAGUUUCAGCACGCACCCUGCUGGAUUAUGUAAGCGACAGGAACGCAUGCACAUUCCAAAUACCACAGGACUCAAUCAAUAUGGUGGAUUGCAUUUUGAAGAACGUAAACAAGAGCAAUUACGUAUUGCUGGGAAGAACCGCAGCCUACAUCAAGGAACCCCAGAAGACCGUGGGACACAAACUUUUUUGGAUUUAUCGUGGCUUCUUGGCCAGCUGUCGGCCGCAAUGGAAAGUCAGGCUGAACAUUGAUAUGGUGAGUCCCCUUCUCUAG